AUGCGAUCCCCACCCAUCCUUCUCCCGCCACUUGCACUUGCACCUCCUUCCUGCAGAGACCUCUCUCACAACUACCUCACAGGCCGCGCACUGAAGCCCCUUGCUGCGCGAACCCUGGAUCUCUCCAGCAACUUCCUCUCGGGCCCUCUGCCCGACGGGGCAUGCCAGCCUCGCUCUUUUGAUGCCAACUGCUUCACGUUGCCGCUUGGCUGUGCCUUGGUGCCCCAGCGACAGGAGGCAGCGUGCAAUGCAUUCUGUGGCGUCUCCUCUGCUGCUGGUGCUACUGCUGCUGCUGCGUGUGGAGGACAUGGGGUGUGCUAUCCAGAGGGGGCUAGCUUGGCACCCACAUGUCUGUGUGAUGCGGGAUUUGUGCAAUGUGGAGGGAUCACCUGUGUUGCUCAAGGCCAUAACAAAAACUACUCAAGCAGUCAGGCGGUUCUCCCACCAGCAUCUAUACUCACCUGGGGGGGGCAGCGCGAGACGAAGGGGAGCUUCACCGCAGAGCCGGUGAAGUUGUUUGUGUACGAGGCAAACCAGGGACUGUCGCGGUGUGGGCUGCAGCUCGCCUUUCACGCCAACUUCACCUUCUCCCUCUCGCCUCGAUCUGGCCGCGUGGGCUUCAACGGCUUAGCGUUUGUCAUCUCGGCAACGGACCAGGUGGGGAGUGGCGCUGGAGUGGGGUAUGGUGGAAUGGACACACGGAGCAUGGCGGUGGAGUUUGACACUCUGCGGAACAAGGAGCAUGGCGACAUGAGCAGCCAGCAUGUGGGGCUGAACGUUCGAGGCGAGGACAAAUCGCUAGUCGCUGUGAGGUCACCCUUCCGUCUGAGCAACAGGAAGGCGUUCACGGCGUGGGUGGACUAUGAGCCAGGAGACCCCGGUACCAUCCAGGUCUUCCUGGCUGACUCGCAGGAGAAGCCGCAGCAGGCGGUGCUGGAGUGGAGGCUGGCGCUGUGUGAGGUGCUGCAGGGUGCAGUUGAUCAGCCCGCCUUCUUCUUUGGCUUCGUGGCGUCCACCACUGUGAAGCCGUUUCAGCGGCACGUCAUUCUUGAAUCGACAGUGGAUACAGGCCUUCCUGCUUCUCCCCGAACAGUCACACGUAAUCCAGCCUAUGGCCUGCAGCUAUCAACGAACACGUACAUGCCAGCACGGGCCAGCCCCUUCCCGCGCUACGUGAGUGCGGACUACCGUGUUGCGCCCAGCAAGCAGGACUCGUGGUUCAUCAGCGACUUCCACUCCUGGGACUCCGUGCCCUUCCUCGGCUGGCCUGUCAAGGACCAAAAAGACUGCAGUGCUUGUUGGGCGUUUGCGCUGGUGGCGAGUGUGGAAGCGGCAUACGGCAUUGCCUUGAAUGCAGAGGCGCCGCAGCUGUCAGUGGAGUCACUCUUUGCAGCCAUGGGGCUCACCUCCGAAGCUGACAAGUGCAGCACGGGGGGCUCCCCCACCGAGGCGUUGGAAAGGCUUCUCAUGCUGCCUCGCGGUGGAGUCACAGAGACCUUCAAGUACCAGAAUCCUGGCUGCUAUACCGGCAGACUGGACCACGUUGUACUCGUUAUCGGAUACUUCAUCUUGAGAAAUGACGGCAGCCAAAAUCGCAUAGCGCCUCCAUUUUGGAUCAUCCGCAACUCGUGGGGAGUGGAGUGGGGUGACCGGGGCCACAUGCGCAUGGACAUUCAGGGAGGGGAUGGCGUGUGUGGCAUCAACGUGCUGCCUGGCAUCUACCCCAUUGUCAAGAUGGAUGUGUGUGGGUCUGACUUGAAGAACCCAUGCUACGUCGGCGCGUGCAUCAACGACGGCAAGGGCUCCUACUCCUGCAUCUGCCCCCCCAACUACGUUGAAAGCACAACCAUUGACAGCUUCCCCACCUGCGACCCAGGUGCUGCUGGCUUGGCAUCGUUUGGCGACACAUGCUGGUCCAUCAGUGCACAGCUGUUCCUCACCACCAGCAACCUCACGGCACUCAAUCCCGGCCUUGACUGCUCUGAGCCCAUCAAGGCGGGCCGCUCUCUGUGCGUCGAGCGCAACGCCACCUUCGCCUUCACUGUGCCUCGGUGCCUACGUUACGGCGUGCUUACAGCACAGGACACGUGUGAACGCCUGCUGCUGGAGGCGGGGAGUGAGGACGACCCAACGGGGGCUGGGAACGUGAACGCUGUGCGCUGGGCUGAGCUGUACCGCAACAAUCCCGGCCUCAUCUGCUCGAGUGUCAUCCCGGUCUCCGCCUCUGCUGUUGGCAGCAACACUGGCGUACAGGCAGGUAUGGAACGGGGACUACGUUUGGAUUUCGACUUCUCUGAUUAG